UUAUUACUCAUUCAACGAUCUUCUCAGAUUGAUUCAUAGAUUUGAUUGAUUCUAAAUCUAUCUGUCAACUCUAUUAUGGUCUCAGCUUUUGCAUUGGAUUUGCAAUUGUAACUUAGAGAGAUCCAAAUCCUUUUUGUCUACGACAGGUUAAACUGAAUCAAGAUUUGGGAGAUUCAUUGCGAUGAUGAAUCAUUUGCUGAUACUCUCUGUGUUCUUGAGCUCAGCCUUAUUUUACGGAGGAGAUGCUGGAAUCACUAGUAGUUUUAUCCGAUCCGAAUGGCCCGCCAUUGAUAUCCCACUUGACCAUUAUGUUUUCAAAGUACCAAAAGGGUAUAAUGCUCCACAACAAGUGCAUAUAACUCAAGGUGACUAUGAUGGUAAAGCUGUUAUCGUCUCAUGGGUGACACCUGAUGAGCCUGGUUCGGGUAAAGUACAUUACGGUACGGUUCAAGGGAAGUAUGAGUUUACUGCUGAAGGGACAUACUCAAACUACACGUUUUACAAAUACAAAUCUGGGUUUGUUCAUCACUGCCAUGUAUCUGGCCUUGAGUAUGAUACAAAAUACUAUUACAAGAUCGAAAGUGGUGAAUCUUCUCGGGAGUUUUGGUUUGUUACACCACCACAUGUACAUCCAGAUGCUUCCUACAAGUUUGGUAUAAUAGGCGAUAUGGGCCAAACAUUCAACUCGUUAUCUACACUGGAACACUAUAUGCAGAGUGGAGCUCAAGCUGUCUUAUUUCUUGGAGAUCUUUCUUAUGCUGACAGAUAUCAGUAUAACGACGUUGGUGUGAGAUGGGACAGCUGGGGUCGUUUUGUGGAGCGUAGUACCGCUUAUCAACCGUGGCUCUGGUCUGCAGGAAAUCAUGAAGUUGAUUACAUGCCAUACAUGGGGGAAGUGACACCUUUCAAGAACUACCUUCAGCGUUACACUACGCCUUACUUAGCCUCAAAAAGUAGCAAUCCUCUCUGGUAUGCUGUUAGGCGUGCAUCAGCUCACAUCAUUGUCCUCUCCAGCUAUUCACCAUUUGUGAAGUAUACCCCACAAUGGCACUGGCUUAGUGAAGAGCUUAAAAGAGUUGACAGGGAGAAAACUCCUUGGCUAAUUGUUCUGAUGCACGUCCCAAUUUACAACACUAAUGAAGCACACUUCAUGGAGGGUGAAAGCAUGCGAGCAGCCUUUGAGAAGUGGUUUGUCGAACACAAAGUUGAUGUAAUCUUUGCUGGGCAUGUUCAUGCCUACGAGAGAUCGUACCGAAUAUCGAAUGUGCGGUAUAACGUGUCAAGCGGAGAUCGUUUCCCAGUUCCAGAUAAAUCGGCUCCAGUUUAUAUCACAGUUGGAGAUGGAGGAAAUCAAGAAGGUCUGGCGGCAAGUUUUAGGGAACCACAGCCGGAUUAUUCUGCAUUUCGAGAAGCUAGCUACGGCCACUCUACUCUGGAGAUAAAGAACCGAACACACGCCAUAUACCACUGGAACCGCAAUGAUGAUGGGAAGAAAGUAGCAACGGAUGAAUUUGUGUUACACAACCAGUACUGGGGAAAUAAUAUUCGACGGAGAAAGCUUAAGAAGCACUAUAUCAAGAGUGUUGUGGCUAACAGGAUUGCCAAUUGAUUCAAUAAAUUGCCUCAUGCUUUUGAUUGAAGUGUGAAGAUUCAUUCACCAAAUCUUGAUUACUUGUUAUUGAAUAAGGGAAGCUUAUAAUAUGUUGUUACUUUUCUUUCCCGCUAAGUUUGAUGCCAUUUGGAGUAUGAAGGAAUUGGAAUUAUGUAUUCUUUCCGUCUACGUCUGGGAUUUUAGAUUAGUGAAUAAUGUAUUCCGUAUAACUGUGUUAAGGAAAUUUUCCACAUGGUUUGCAUUA